AUAUACAUAUAUAUUUACUUGUAAUCUGCUCAGUUCUAACAAAAGACUGUUGUUUACUUUAAUUACUAAACAAUAUUCAAAUAAUCUUUUAUUCGUUUAUUAUUAAGUUUCUAAAGUGGUAAGAUUAAAAUGUUAUAGAUUAUAUCAGUCUUUUAACAAAACAUGAAAUAUUUUGCUAUAAGAUAUAACAAAGUGUACAUAAAUUUAUAAAAUAAUCUUUACUGUUCACAGUAUAUGAAAAUAAGCUUAUAGUAAUAAAGACUAAACGUUGAAGAACAUGCUUAUUCAUUGUUUUUUGAUAGAUGUAAAUAAAGGAGUUCUGUUUAAAUGUGUAAAACAAUCUAUGUUAUCAAUAUCUGUAAUAGCAAAUCUAGCUACGAAAACUAAAACGCAUUAUGAGACGUUGGGAUUGCAACCAACUGCAACUUAUAAUGAAAUAAAGUCUGCAUAUUAUGAACUGACAUUAAAAUUUCAUCCUGACAAGAAUAAAAGUGAAUCUGCAAAAGAAAUGUUUCAUGAAAUUUCAAAUGCAUAUGACGUACUUAGUAAAUAUAAAACACGUAAACAAUAUGAUAGAACUCAACUAAUUAAUCAGGAUUUGCAGAGUUUGAAAAUUGAAAGAUAUGAGAGGUUUAAACCAAAAGACAUCGAACUGUAUAAAAAUCAACCUAGAAACAUUUUUAAUUUUGAUGAGUGGGUACAGCAACAUUAUAGUGAUACAUUUCAAAAGAAUCUAUCAGCAAAUGAAAAAAAAACGAUAAAUAAGGAAAUUAUGGAAGAUAUACGCAGCAGUCUAGAUAUAUUUAUUGUGAUAAAUUUAGUAAUGUUGAUAGCAAUAGUAAUCGUCAUUUAUGAAUACAUAAAUAAUAGGAAAUAUAAGGACUCCAAAGUUGCACAGAAGCAUAGAAAUAAGUAACAAUUGUAUGUUUAAAAUUAGUCUUUAUUUACAUAAAGAACACGAUAUAAGAAGAAAAUUGUGAUGAAAAAUAUGUCUAUGUGGAACAUGAUAACAUUUACAUGUUUAUUUCAUUAACCCCAAUAUCAAAAACGUGUACAUACAGUUUAUAUUAUAUAUUUUAACAUAUUUAUUUCAGAAAACGAAUCUAUUUUAAUAUAUCACAAUAACAUUACAAAAUCUAAUACAUUGGUUGUAAAUUAUCUUAAUUAUAUUAUCUAUUAAUUAAAUGUUACAAAUAUUUUGAUGUAUCAUAUGCGUUAAUCACUUAAAAAUAUUGUUAAUUAAAA